AUGGAUGCCGAUGAGUUCUCUUCCAAUACCCAUACCGGACCAUCAACCUCAAUUCAGCUUAGUCGUAUCGAUACCAACGUGGAAGCCUUCCAACAUCGAGAUCACCCCCAUUUAGGUAUCCCGGCUUCUGCCCAUUCUCAGCUUUCUGAAACCUCAUCGGGUCAACCUAGUCCAAUGAGAGCAACAGUCGAAGGACCCUUGGAUCCACAUAUGUAUCAACCCCGAGCUACCAAAUCUACAUGGGCAGGAUACAAGUUGACUGCUACUCAGGUUGAGCCGACUCACUCAUCCGUGUCGAGUAGUCUUAGUGCCUCUGCAAUCGAUGACCGCAAUAGGCAGCUGAGCCGCGAAGGCACCAACGCUAACGAGUCCAAGGAUGGUUCAAAGAGGCAACCCACGACAGCAGACGAGAUGACCAGAACUUCAACCCAAUACUCUGAUUUGAUCCCUGUCAACCCCUCGCCAUUUGCACCAUAUGGAGUGACCGAACCUCCAUGUGUGAGCUGGAUCAGAUCAGAAAGUACUGAAACGCUCGAUGAUCGACCUAGCGAAGAGAUUGAUCCGAGGGACACAAACCACCAUGCUUUGAGGAUACUACGGCCUAGCUAUUACCCCGAGGAAAGUCGGAGGAACAAGAAGAGGGGAUUAAACAACCACGAAAGCAGCGAGUACCGAGAUCAAGAACAAACAAUUGAUGGUUCACGAGCUGAUCAAGGUAGUGGGAGUCUCUGUGGAUCAUUCAAAGAAUGUCUGCGAUCAUUUACUGGGUAG